AUGGAGUGGGCUUCGGAGUCGGGGGCCGUGAGGCGGCACCGCAUCGGAGGGGAGCGCCGGGACGGCCCGGCGGCCACGCAGCAGCCGGAGAGGGAGGCCCUGGCGCCGGAGCCCCUGGCGGACGCGUGCGGCGGCGGCGCAAGGACGCGGAAGCGGAGCGGGGAGCGGGGCGGUGGUGGCGCGAGCCGGGGCGCGGGGACGGGACUGUCUGAGGCGCGCGCCGCGCUCUGGCUAGCGCUCUACCUGCUCGCGCUGCGGGCGCUUGUGCAGCUCUCGCUGCGGCAACUCGUGCUCCGCGGGGCCGCUCUUGGCCAGCAGGGAGAGUUCGACGCGCACCAAGCCAGGGAUUAUCUUGAACAUAUAACAUCCAUUGGCCCCAGGAUUACAGGAAGUCCAGAAAAUGAAAUUCUGACAGUACAUUACCUUUUGGAACAGAUUAAACUGAUUGAAGCUCAAAGCAACGGCCUUCACAAGAUUUCAGUAGAUGUACAACGGCCCACAGGCUCCUUUAGCAUUGACUUCUUGGGAGGGUUUACAAGCUACUAUGACAACAUUACCAAUGUUGUGGUAAAGCUGGAACCUAGAGCUGGAGCCCAGCAUGCUGUCCUGGCUAACUGUCAUUUUGACUCGGUGGCGAACUCACCAGGUGCCAGCGAUGACGCAGUUAGCUGUUCAGUGAUGCUGGAAGUCCUUCGUGUCUUGUCGACAUCUUCAGAAGCCUUAUCUCAUGCGGUCAUAUUUCUCUUUAAUGGUGCUGAGGAGAACGUCUUGCAAGCCAGUCAUGGUUUUAUUACCCAGCACCCCUGGGCCAGCUUGGUCCGUGCAUUUAUUAACUUGGAGGCAGCAGGUGUAGGAGGGAAAGAACUUGUAUUCCAAACAGGUCCUGAAAAUCCUUGGUUGGUCCAAGCUUAUGUCUCAGCAGCUAAACACCCAUUUGCUUCGGUGGUGGCUCAGGAGGUUUUCCAGAGUGGAAUCAUUCCUUCAGAUACUGACUUCCGGAUCUACAGGGAUUUUGGGAACAUUCCAGGAAUAGACUUAGCUUUUAUUGAGAAUGGAUACAUUUAUCACACCAAGUAUGACACAGCGGACAGAAUUCUAACAGAUUCCAUUCAGAGAGCAGGUGACAACAUUUUAGCAGUUCUUAAAUAUCUAGCUACAUCUGAUAUGUUGGCUUCUUCUUCUAAGUAUCAACAUGGAAACAUGGUCUUCUUUGAUGUGCUUGGCCUGUUUGUCAUCGCUUACCCAUCUCGUGUUGGCUCAAUAAUUAACUAUAUGGUGGUGAUGGCUGUUGUUUUAUACCUGGGAAGGAAAUUACUGCAUCCCAAAUAUAAGACUGCUACCUACACAAAGGACUUCUUCUGUGGACUUGGCAUCACUCUGAUAAGCUGGUUUACCAGCUUGGUUACAGUUCUCAUUAUAGCAGUGUUCAUCUCCCUUAUUGGACAGUCCCUCUCAUGGUAUAACCACUUCUAUGUCUCCGUUUGUCUGUAUGGAACUGCAGCUGUAGCCAAAAUAAUAUUCAUACAUACCCUUGCGAAAAGAUUUUAUUAUGUGAAUGCCAGUGGCCAGUAUCUGGGAGAAGUAUUUUUUGAUGUCUCGUUGUUUGUACACUGUGGGUUCCUUACAGCUCUCACGUACCGAGGGCUCUGCUCUGCAUUUAUUAGUGCUGUCUGGGUGGCAUUCCCGUUGCUCACAAAGCUUUGCGUGCAAAAGGACUUGAAGCAGCAUGGUGCUGGAGGAAAAUUUAUUGCCUUUUACCUUUUGGGGAUGUUUAUUCCAUAUCUGUACGCACUGUACCUCAUCUGGGCCGUAUUUGAGAUGUUUACCCCUAUCCUUGGCAGGAGUGGUUCGGAAAUUCCACCUGACGUUGUGCUGGCGUCUAUUUUGGCUGGUUGUACCAUGAUUCUCUCAUCCUAUUUUAUUAACUUCAUCUACCUUGCCAAAAGCACAAAAAGAACAAUGCUAAGUUUAACUUUGGUAUGUACAGUUACAUUCCUCCUUGUUUGCAGUGGAACUUUUUUCCCGUACAGCUCCAACCCUGCCAGUCCAAAGCCAAAGAGAGUGUUUCUUCAGCAUAUAACUAGAACAUUUCAUGAUCUGGAUGGAAACAUAGUUAAACGGGACUCUGGAGUAUGGAUCAAUGGAUUUGAUUACACCGGCAUGUCUCACAUAACACCUCACAUUUCCGAGAUCAACGAUUCCAUCCGAGCUGACUGUGAGGAGAACGCCCCCCUCUGUGGUUUCCCUUGGUAUCUUCCUGUGCACUUCCUCAUCAGGAAAAACUGGUAUCUUCCUGCCCCAGAAGUUUCUCCAAGAGAACCUGCUCAUUUCAGACUUGUAUCCAAAGAACAAACACCCUGGGAUUCCAUAAAGCUGACCUUUGAAGCAACAGGACCAAGCCAUAUGUCAUUCUAUGUUCGAACCCACAAAGGGGCUACGCUUUCUCAGUGGUCUCUCGGCAACGGCACCCCAGUCACAAGUAAAGGAGGGGACUACUUUGUCUUUUAUUCCCAUGGACUCCAGGCCUCCACAUGGCACUUCUGGAUAGAAGUACAGGUCUUGGAAGAACAGCCUGAAGGAAUGGUCACUGUGGCUAUUGCUGCCCACUAUUUUUCUGGGGAAGACAGAUCCUCCCAGCUGGAUGCUCUGAGAGAGAAGUUCCCAGAUUGGACAUUUCCCUCUGCCUGGGUGUGCACCUACAAUCUCUUUGUAUUUUAAUCUUGUGGAUGAGCUCUAAGUACAUAUCCAGUGGGAUACUCCAUGUGGCACAGUUUCUCCUUAUGUUGCAUGGACAGUUGUAUGUAAGUCAGUGAAUUUUAACGAGCGUAUGUUCUAAGAACUUUGUGGGCUAACACUCUUCAGGGCUGAGCAUGAUCUAUAAUGGUUACACUGUGGAGUAGAGUGCAUGGCCCUUUUGACACUUGAAAAUACCAGUUUUCUGGCACGUAAGCACACAUGGGUACUACACACACACGUCAUUUUAUAUGACCUUAAGAACAAAAGCCAGCAAACCAGUUUUAAUAGUUGAACCCUUAGGAUCAUGAAAGAUGCAGAAAGUACUGUAAAUCCCUUGUUAAUGAUACAAAUGACAUUUCCAGUU